AAUCUAAUCUAGACUGUUGAUUUCUUACUAAAACUCGAGUGUCGGGGUCAUAUUAGAUAUCCACCCCUUCUUGCUAGCUAGAGGUCAAAAGAAGAAAAGACCGCAGGAUAAGGUAUAUGAUGUGUUGGGGACCAAUGGAUGCAAAAAGCCGAUAAAACCUCGGAAUCUCGCAACAGUGUGCAAGAUAAGGUAUUUGAAUCAAAAGCUAAUCCAGACCCUUCAAAGAAAGUAUUUGAUACAGACAACCGGCAUGAGAAUCUGCACCUUAUCUCGCUUACACUGUUUUUCCCUGCUUUUACACCUUUAAAUAUCUCUCAACAUUUUCUGAACUACUCAAUAUUAGUUACAAUCUAAUUCAAAUUCAGCGCAAUCCAAAAACCCAAUCUCAGAAAAGCUUUUGAGCUCAUUUUGAGAAGAGGAAGAAACAUGGAGAGCAACACAAACAGCAGCAACAGCCAACAAGGUCAGCCAUCACCAUUUCCACCACAAGCACCAUUUCAUCAUCUCUUGCAACAGCAGCAACAACAGCUUCAAAUGUUCUGGACUUACCAAAGACAAGAGAUUGAACAAGUGAAUGAUUUCAAGAACCACCAACUUCCUUUAGCUAGAAUCAAGAAGAUCAUGAAAGCGGAUGAAGAUGUCCGCAUGAUAUCAGCUGAAGCACCAAUCUUAUUUGCAAAAGCUUGUGAACUUUUCAUACUUGAGCUCACUAUAAGAUCCUGGCUUCACGCCGAGGAAAACAAGCGUCGGACACUUCAGAAGAAUGAUAUUGCAGCUGCAAUUACUCGUACUGAUAUUUUCGAUUUCUUAGUUGAUAUUGUACCCAGGGAAGAGAUGAAAGAGGAAGCAGGGUUGGGGCUUAUGGGAGGUGCUACUGCUAGCGGAGUCCCUUAUUAUUACCCUCCAGUUGGGCAGACCGCACCAGGCGUUAUGAUGGGCCGACCAGCAAUGCCUGGUAUGGAUCCGAAUAUGUAUGUUCAUCAACCGUCACAGGCGUGGCAAUCAGUUUGGCAAUCAGAUGAAGGGCCGUAUGGAAAUAUCGGUGGCACAACCGGGCAAGCAGCCAAUAUGGAUGAGCAGGGGUAUGUGGAUCAACAAACUUCCGACUCUUAGUUAUUAGAUAACCCAAAAAAUGCAAAAAAUUUAACUGAAAUGUUAGGUGUUUGGUUGUCUAGUCAAUUGGGUUCUGGAAAGUGUGUAGAGGUAACAUUGUUUUUUGCGCAUUCAAUCCAAACAUGCUAAUUUUAUAUGAUAUUAUUUCCUUUCAAUCCGUUUAAGUUUGAAAUUUUGAUA